AUAGGGCGAGACAGUCGCGCCAAGACCAAGAGCCACGGCGGUUCAAAUCGCGAAUUCAAACGAAACGCUUGACUCACAAUCAGUCCACGUGACACACGCGCGAUCAUCAGACAAUCUAUAUCUUUUCUCAUUUCCGUAUGAUUUCAUUGUGCAAUCCGGCAAAAAAUAAAAUAAAAGAAUACUAUGCUCGUCAAAGAUACGUUUGCGUCUCAUUCAAUUUUUUAAUCUUUGACUGCAAAAUUAAUUAAAUAAUUUUUCGAUAGAAAACACUUUUUAUUUCACACUCGCAAAGCGAUUAUACAUUCCUAACUUGUAACAUUCGUUAUUCGGCAAACUGUUUGAUCGUGAUAUGAAUCGAUAGAUAUAACGGGUGAGGGAGGACGAUAAAAUCGGUGUAUAGUGUAACAAAUGCUCAUAGUAUGACGUCAAAUGCAAUUAGAGGCAUCAGAAGGAAGAAGAGUUCGCUGUGCGAAGUCAAAGUGGCUGUGAUAGGAGCACCAGGAGUUGGCAAAAGCGCAUUGACAGUAAGAUUUUUGACGAGAAGAUACAUCGGGGAAUACGAUCAUCAAUCAGAAACUAGAUACAAGCAUGAGGUACUAGUCGAUGGCGAACCUAUUCUUUUUGAGAUUUUAGAUACGUGUCCAAAGAGUGAGGAUGAAUUGCCAUCAAUGGAAACUUUGCAAUGGGCCGACGGUUUGCUGCUAGUUUAUUCAAUAACAGAUAGAAAUUCUUUUAAUUUUGUUAGAAAGGCAAAAGAAGCUCUAGCAGUUGCUGAUCCUGAAGCUGCAAUGCCUCUUGCUCUUGUUGGAAAUAAGGCUGACAUGGUUCAUUUACGACAAGUCAGUGGUGAAGAAGGAGAAAUAUUAGCGAAGGAUUUUGAAUGCUGGUUUAGUGAAAUAACUGCUGCUGAGCAGGUUGCUCAAGUCGCGGAAUGCUUCCACGAAUUAUGCAGAGAAGUUCUCGCAGCUAGAAGAAGAAAUAAACAAUCUUUGUUGGACAGAAUGCUUGGUAGUAAAGCAACGCGUGCUUAUUCGCGAGGAAAAAGUGACUCUGCUUUACCAAAAGAAUAAGAUCGUUAUUUCAAGUAUUUGCAUAUUGCAAAUAUAAGAAAAUGAAUGUCCUAUGACGAAAGAUCAAUACAACUGUUUAAAAAAAAAGAGAAGUGUGAAAAACAGGAUAAUUUAAAUUUAUAAUUGUUUAUUACAUAAUGAAUAAAAAAAAAAUAAAACUACAAAUACCAAAGAAAAUAUCAUACUUUCGAAUUUGUACAGUAAUAAGAUUUAUAUGUGUAUUGAGUAAUGUAUAAAAUGUACAAACCUUUAUAAUAAUAUUUUUACAAUAAAAAAAGUAUCUAAAGCUCAACUAAAAUUAAAAUUCCAGAAUGUACUGAUGAAAUCUAGAAGUUAAAAAAAAGUUUAAAAAAAGUUUAAAAAAAAGCAUAAUGCACAAAACAAUCAACAGUUUCUAAUUUUUAUAAUUCCUAUUAUACAAAAUAGUAAUAUAUUUUUGUUUUUGUAAAACAAAUACUGCACUGGAUCUAAAGAAAGGCUGAUUGUGUGUGACCAAUAUAAAUAGUUAUACGAAUUUAUUAUAUAAAUGUUGAAAUUCUUAUAUUCUAUAUUUAUUUUGUACUUAUAAUGAGAGAUAUCAUGUGACAAUAAAAAUGUUUUACUUAUUUA